UAAAACAAGCUCUGGAGGACGGAGAUUAUCACCUGUUUGGGAAGGCGAUCCACAAACACUUGAAGCUCACCUUGCAUUAGAGUGCCCUAAUGUAGAUAAUAAGAUUUGGCAGGUGUAUUUACUUCGUGUAGCUUAUUGCGAUAAUUUUGAACAAUCAGAAAACUUAACUAGUUCAAAAAAACAGAAAUUAAACAAUCAGCUUAAUCUUACAAAAUAUUUUCCACAAACGGGAGACUUAUCUGAAGAGCGAAUAAAAUCUAUCAAUAGUUCAUUAUUAAAAGCAUUUGUGGUCUGCG